CUUCAAAGUUUCUACCUGUUUCUUCUUGUAUUAUAGUUAUUGCUUGUUCUCGCCGGUCCUAGUUAGAGCUGCUAGUUUCGAUAACGUCACAGGUACACGUCACGCCAUUGUUUCCGGAGGUGUUGUUUACACGCCAGCCAUAGGGUUACAGACUCUAUUGAUCUGCGAAAGUAUGACUUAAAAGUUGAGAACACCUGUGGUGAGAAUCAUUCUGACUGGCACGCGGGGAAGAGGAGACUUAUUCGGCAUCGCAACAUCCGGUACAGAUCUAGAUCGCCAGGUGACUGUUAACUCGAGAUGGCGGGGCCGUGGCCCUUCCUACCGCCUGGCCAGGCCGACCGACACCAGCAGUCAUGGUUGAAGUCGGAGGUGGAGAGGAUUGGAGGGCAUGCAAUGUCCAUGUUUCGACAGGGAGAUUAUUUCAAUGCAGCUCAUCGCUGGUCAGAGGCAAUCAGGUAUGCAGAGCUGCUCGGGCAGAGGUCAACAAUUGCCCAGCUUCUCUUGAACCGGUCCACUUGUGCCCAAAGAAUCGGACGAGAGGAUCUGGCCUUGUCUGAUGCUGAAGAAGCCAUCAGAGCUAAUCCUGCAUGGUUGAAGGGAUACCUCAAGGCAGGUCUUUCCGCUUUCCGGAUGAAGUGCUUUGAUCGGGCCCUUGGCUUAUUCCGUGACGGGUUUCUUAAGGCAGUAGAGCUCAACAGGCCUUCACAGAAAGAGCCGCUAGAUUUUCUCAUCCACAUGGCUGAAGCCAUUCAUUUUCUUCCAGGAGUUCGAGUGGAACACAUACUUCAGACCAUUCGACCUGCCAAACGCCUUCGUACAAUGCUUGUGGAACAGCUAGUAGUGGAAAAAAAGUGGCAUCUGCUACGGGCUGUCUUCUUCGGUGGAGGUGCUGGACACCGGCCAAACAGUGGAGGCAUUGCAACCGGCGGUGACAUGUCAAAAAUCAACCUCGCACCUAUCCUUUGGAUCUAUUGGGCCCAACCACUUCAGUAUAUCCGUGACACCGUCUGUGUUCUCCUCCAGCAUGGAUCUGGAUUGGAAGGCUUCAGCUUGGAGCCAGGAGACACACCCAUGCACGCUCUACUCAAUGUGGAACUGAAGAAAGGUGAUGACAGUUUACAGAUGAUGACACUGGUCUGUGAGUCUCUCACAUCACGAUUCAUCAACGCUCUUAAAGCUACUGAUGCAAAGGGCAAUACCCUACUGCAUGUUGUUACCAUGGCUGAUAGAGAGCGCAACACCAGCAAGAGAUGUGCCUUGCGGGCCAUAGGGCUUUUGCUUGAGGUUGGGCUAGACCCAGACGUUUGUAACACUGAUGGGAAAAAGGCAGCAGAUCACGCUCGAAAAGGAUCUGAUCUCUUUUCCUGCUUGGAAAAUGGACGUGGUGAAGCUCGAGGUGCUUCCAACAGCUUCUCACACCCGCCACCAGCCCAAACACAGCUGCAGCCUGGACCCAGUCAACCACAUGUUCCUUCACAGAUGUCAAAAGCUAAAGUACAAAAGACCAAACUGAAAGCACACAUGACUCCCCUUGACAAGGCCAGGAAGCUCAUUCAAGAGGGAAAAUCCAUGGAUGCUCUGAAGAUCUUCGCACGAACGAUCAGUGAAGCCAAACUAAAGGAGGAUGGUGACAUGACUACAGAGCUUCUCCAAUGUCUGGAAGGCAUAGCACAUGCAAUGGAGAACAUCAAAGGUGUCCCCAGACAAGUUGUUGUUUUGGCACCCCUGUCCAUGUGGCGUGGCACUGUGGCAAAGCUGUCAUCCCAGAAGAAGUGGCGUACCCUUGGGAUGCUCCUAACUGGAGGAGGGAACUACCACAAUGCUGGUGAUGGAGGCCUAGCCACCGGCUGCGACACAACAUGUGUUCCCUUGAUGCAAGUCUUCAGGUUCUUUGAAGGGAAGGAAGGGAAACAAAGUGGUCUGAAGAUGCACAGUGUGAUCAGGGAACUGUUGAAAGGCGGUGCCUCCCCAGACGGUGACGACAGUGACACCCACCCCAUCAGCUACUGUCUGCAGAGUAAGGACUUUGCGACAGUUCAAAUGCUUCUCGAACACGGAGCAGACCUUUCCAAGUUGACACUGCGGGAAGGAGAUACUUCACUACAUGCAGCGGUGCAGAUUGCAAAAGAAGGAAACAGUGGGAUUCUGAAUCUCCUUGACAACAAAGGAGAAGUGGACCAUCGCACCAGGGACUCCAAUGGAAACAGCUUACUUCAUGUUGCGGUCAAAGGAAAAUAUUCAAUGGACGGUGCAAAGCUCUUAGAACGACUUCUUAAGAUGGGUGUUGACCCGUCAGUAAAGAAUAAUGAAGGAAUGACGCCACUUGACUACCUGAAGGAGGGAGAUCGAAGGCGACAGCUUUUGGAACCCCAUAUGAAGAAACAGGAUUCAUCAACAAAGAGUCAGGACAACAAUGCUAAAGAUGCUAAUUCAAAAGGUUCCAAAAUAAUGGAUGAACGAGUAACAAGCGAACAUGCUGGCAAGACUGCAGAUAGCUGGGAGGAUGCAGCAUCUGGGGACAACAACAAGUCUACACAAGCAAAGAGACAGACAUCAUCGUCUCAAGAACAAAAGAAAUCAGCCAGAGAAGACAUUAAAAGCCGGAUACUUGAUUCCAUCUUAACCAUUCCAUUACCAAAUGCUACGGAAACAGAAGAAAGGCUGCUUCGUCGAGUUAGGCAGAAGUCCUACCAGACCACAACCCCAGUAGCCAGCACAAGGCCAAACAGAGACCAAGACAAGCUAGAGAACCGAGAUGAGAAAACCACAGCUGACCCGUCACUAUACACUGUAGCUCAGGAGGCACAACUCCCACAAAGUUGCUGGAAGCCAGAAGAAGGUGAAGAGCUACCAGACACUAGCUAUGAUGUUUUUGACAAAGACCUUCCAUGGGAGGUGGAAUGCACUGACAAGGUGAAGAAGAUUCUGAAGAAGAAGGCUUUUCCGUACGAAGUAAAGAAGCGUGUGGUAGAAAAGGUAAACCGGCUUGCCAAAGGAGAGUGGAUCAAUAACUUGACGAAGAAAGUUCGUGGCCGGCCCCAAGAAGAAGGAAUGCAGUUGUUUGAAGCAAAAAUAGACAAAGCUUCCAGGAUCCUGUGGGAGCUUGCCAUUGCCUUUUCCCCACGACUGAGUGAUAAUCCAAUAGAAUGGUUGAAAGGGGUCCAAGAAGCAGAAGAGUCCACCACCUUGGCACCUGGGGGUCGAAUCUACACUGAGAUCAUCCGAAUCUGGGACAUCGUCCUUGAUCACGACAACCUUGAGCGUGCCAUUGACCAGGCAGUAACAUCAUUCAUGCGGGGUAAAGCCAGCAUGCCCAUCGCAAAGAAGAGUCUCGUCGGAAGUACAAGCCGGCAAUUCAAAUCGGCUCCAGCCACUACAGAUAGGCUUCCAAUGUUGUUUACAGAGAAGGAUAUCACCACCGACAGACCCAAAGAUAUUCCAGAGAAACAAGAACAACAGUUCUUUCCUGCAGCCAGUUCUAACGAGAAUGAGUAUAACAUUCUCAAGUUUUACUGCUUUUCAUCUUCCCUGGUCAACAACAUUCUUCGGGAUGACAGUCUGCCGGUAGAGUUUCCCUUCAAGGUGACUGACUUGGAACAUGCUAUUGUCCAUCUGAAGGCCCAGCCUCCCUCCUCGAUCCUACUACUCGGUCGAAGCGGGACAGGGAAAACAACGUGUUGCCUGUUCCGGCUUUGGUACGCAUAUUUGUCCUACUGGACCAAGAGUGCCGCCCAUGGCUUUGAACCUUGGGUUCCAAAAAGCAAAGCGUAUAUUCAACGACGCAACAAAAUGGAUGACAAAGAUGACGAUGAAGAAGAGGAAGGAGAGUCAGAGAUUAUCCCAGAAGACAGUGGAUCUGAAGAGGAAGUUUGUACAAAAAGCAAAAAGAAAGUCAACGACAAAGACAGCUUGGGUCACCAAACUCAUCAUUCAGAAACUCUAGUGGACUCUUCUGUGCAGAAAAUUGAUGAAGAGGAUGAAUCACUCCACACUGAGAUGACCAAACGUGACUGGAAGGAGCCUGAACCAACAGAGAACCUGGAAACUGGAGAACAGGAGUUUGAGCACCUUCAUCAAAUCUUCGUGACAAAGAAUGCUGUACUGUGUAGUGAGGUUGGAAAGAACUUUCAAGAGCUUUGUCAUGGAACUGAAGCAGCUCAAAAAUACCUAGAAGCCAACCAGGAUGAGAAGAUUCCAGUGAGACUUCAAGAUGUUGAUCCAGCAGGCUUCCCACUCUUCCUCGACUCCAGACAAUGGUUGCUUAUGCUGGACGCCUCUCUGGAAGAGCCCCACUUCUUUAAAAGAGCGGAUGGAGGCCAAGUGGCUGAGGAGGUACCUGGAUGGAUGGAGAAUGAUGGUCCAGCGACAUUCAUCCCUACAGAUUCUGACUUGGAAGAUGACUCAUCUGAUGAUGAAGAAGACAUGGAAGGUGGAAAGGAGCUUGACAAACUAAAAGCUGCAAUUGUUGCAGCUGAAGAUAGUGGCCGACGUCAACAAGAACGUCGUACAAUGAGACAAGAAGUAACAUAUGAGGUGUUCUGCACUGAGUUGUGGAAACGAGUAAAUCGUGGCAAAGUGGACUACCACCCCACCCUGGUUUGGAUGGAAAUCAUGUCUAUCAUCAAAGGCUCUGUAGAGGCUGUUGAAACAAAUGAAGGGCACCUCAGCCGUGAAGAGUACCUUGAAAUUGGCAAGAAGCGUGCUGAGUUUACUGGUGAUCGUGACAAGAUAUACGACAUCUUCCUAGCCUACCAGCAUGAGAAACGACAGCGGCACAUGUUUGAUGAAAUGGACUUUGUGCACAAUCUGUACAAGCGACUUGCUCAUGCCGAGGACGUAGGUUGGUCCAUACAUCAGGUGUAUGUGGAUGAGACGCAGGAUUUCACCCAAGCUGAGCUUGCUUUGUUGAUCCGCUGCUGCUGUGACCCGAAUGAAAUGUUCUUCACAGGAGACACUGCCCAGAGCAUCAUGAGAGGGGUGUCCUUUCGAUUCAAGGACCUCCGCUCGCUGUUUCACAAGGCCAGAGAGUCACUGCAACAGAUGGGGAAGAGGACAGCAGUACAGGUACCCGACAUGUACCAUCUCACACACAACUACCGGUCUCACUGUGGCAUACUCGACCUCGCAGCAGGUGUGAUCAAACUACUGGAGAGCUUCUUUCCCUACUCAUUCGACCACCUGCCAAAGGAUCGAGGCAUCAUGGAAGGUCCAAAACCCCUUUUACUGCAGGGAUGCUCACAGAAGGACCUCGUCACCCUUCUACAAGGAAACCGUCGAGCAACAUCCACCAUUGAGUUUGGAGCUCACCAAGUUGUCCUGGUGGCAAAUAACGAGGCAAAGGAGGACAUGCCAGAUGUAUUCCGUGGAUCUCUGGUCCUCACCAUCUACGAAUCAAAGGGGCUAGAAUUUGAUGAUGUGUUACUGUACAACAUCUUCAAGGAUUCACAGGCAGAUGAAGAAUGGAGGGUUGUGUUGACUUGUAUGGAUGAGGAUGAAGUCAAGGCUUCCAACACAGAGCCAUGGGAGAAAUCAGAAGGAUUGCUGAAGAUUGCUAAUGACCAAAGCAGUGCUGUUGCACAGGCCAGGCCUCUGGACUUCAAUCCAGAGAAGCACAAGGUGUUGAACUCUGAGCUAAAGAACUUAUACACUGCCAUCACCCGUGCGAGGGUGAACGUCUGGAUCUUCGAUGAGGACACAGCUAAGCAUGCGCCAAUGUUCAAGUAUUUCCUUGAAAAGCAAUUCGUCGAAGAGCCACAAAGGGAUGAGCUAGGUCAGCUUUCAUCCAGCGUCUUUGUGAAAGAGUCCACACCUGAAGAAUGGUGUCAGCGUGGUGAGUACUUCUACAAGAAGGAGAGAUGGGAAAUCGCAGCAGACUUCUUCAAGAAAGGAGGAGAUGAGAAGAAAGCUAAGAUGGCCUUGGCACAGCAUCUUGCUCAGCAGGCCAGCCAAGAUGCCACCAUGACAAGAGAGAAGCACAGGAUAAGACAGAGGUUCCUAGACUCAGCGGAUCUAUUCCUACAAAGUGGAAAUCACGUGGAUGACAGGGAGGCCCUAGUCAGAGCAGCCCGCUGCCUCACCAACUCAAGGGACUACCGCCUUGCUGCUCAGCUGUUUGAACGACUUGGGGAGUUUUCAAGUGCUGCACAUCUGUACCAGAGAGAAAGCAUGAAGGUGGAGGCCAGUCGCUGCUUCGUACAGGCCGGAAACUUCAAGAAGGCGGUAAAUUUCUUACGAAGUGUUGAUGAGUUUGAAGCUGCAGCCAAUGUGUCCCAACAGUACAUCCAGUUGCAAAGCAAGUGCAAGCAGGAGGGACUGAAUCCAACUGUUGUAAUGACAGCACCCAUUCAAACGCCAGAUAACCUUCUCCUUGAAGCCAUUGCCCACUACCACAGGCACGGAGAAGAAGACAAGAAGAUAUCUUGCCUAAAUCGCCUACCAGUUGAUACCCGCCUGACGUUCUUCACACAGCAUGGCUAUGUAAAGGAAGCAGCAGAGCUACUGAAGAAAGAAGGAAGGGGUCAGGAAGCAGCCGAGUUGCUGAAAUCAGUGGGAGAUUUUGAAGCUGCCGGCAAAGCUGCAGAUCAAGACCAAAAUCCCCAGUUUGUAGCUGAGUGUCUCCUCAUUCAAAGUCGCAAGCAGAGGAAGGAUGCCACCGACAACAUCCAAGAAACCAAGGAUAACUUGAUAACAUGUAUGGUCCUAUACCAGAAGAGUGGCAACAAUGAGGCAAGAGCUGAAGCUAUGAUGAUGCUUGGAGACUUGACAGAUGAUCACACUAUGCUAAACAGUGCAAUCAAGCACUUUGGUAACAAUACUGCUGGAGCACUGGAAGCAGCUGCCUUGCUAGUGAAUAGGAAGAAGACCUUGACAUUCGGAGAUAUUCGUCUCAUCCUGACUCUCUUGGAAGAUGUCUUCAGCCUGAUAAGAGCUCUACUGGUCGCCAGCAGGCGACACAAAGUCAAAGAUCACCACUGGGUAAAGGCAUGCGAGCUGUUCUAUGGCGUGAAACGUACAGACGUCAGCAGUGCAACAUUCUCAUCAUCAGAAGAGCCACGUAUCUUUGAUGCCUUGGACUUUUCUGGGAGAAGCAAGUCUACAACAAAGGUGGACAUUGAGACAGCAAGAGCAUGCAUGGCCGGGGAUCUCCUCAGAAACGUAGAUCAGCUGAAAGAGGGGCUGACAAAGAAGUUACGGUCUAUCGUAACAAGCUGUCAAGUAUGCUGUAUGUAUACUGCUGGACUGAGCUGUCCAAAAGGAGAUGUAUGCGCUUACCUACACCAUCCAUAUGACAAGGGUACUCUGAAUUCGCUCCUGCAAGCAACAAUAUAUCUCAUCAAAGUCCAAGGACUCUUUGACCUGGGAUAUGAGCAAAUAAAGGACAGUAAGUGGGAGAGGGUACAACAAGCUGUUGCUUCUCACAAAGAUCGCGGUGCAGAUAAAAGCAGGUUGUGUGAUGACCUGUACAGUAUCCUCUUCCCGACACACGGCCAUCAGAGGAUUCUCACCGAGAACUUUAGGACAGCUAAGGAUGUUUUCCACAAGUUUCAGGGAGAUGCAAUUGUCAUGUCAUGCAUUCGAGACUAUGCCCAGUCUCUCUGGGAGUCCGCCAGUCACAGUGACAAAAGAUCAAACACAGACCUCCUGAUCAAGAUUGCCAACCUGUUUCGACUAGCCAAAGAUCCACCAGUUGGAAACUUGCAAAGAUCCACCUUUGCAAGUUUACUUGCUUCUGCUGAGGAAGGGUACAAGAAGUGGGCAAUGAAAAGACACCAUCCAGAGAAGAUACCUCGACACAUUGGCAUGUGCUGCAAUAUGGUGGGCCCAAGUCAUCUGUUCUUCAGUUUCAUGAGAAGAAUGGAGGAAUUCAUCGAAAACAUCUACCAAAGAGAAAACAUUCUCUCUUCAAUUGACAACAUGAUGGCCUUCAUGGGUUUACUGGCAAAAAGGGCAUUGGAGCCACUGAUUCCAUCUUUUGCUAACACUUGCUUCUUCAUGGAGCUGCUUGUUGUAAUCUGUUACUCCAUAUAUGCCAAGAUGAACCAGCACGAGCUACUAUGUCUCCCUGCCAGCUACAUCUCUAUGGUUCAUAUGUGUGAUCGACUGUGGAGCAGAGGUAAAGGCUGUAUCUAUUCGGCCAUCCAACAGCUUCCCUACAAGAAGGAUGAGAUCCUUGGGAAGGUUAACAACUGCAUUUGGUUCAUCAUAGACACCAUUUGCCAAAGUCAGAAAUUCCCUGAUUUCAAUGCCAUUGAUGAUGCUUUCCGUCCAAACAUCCCUGACUAUGCAGAAAGCGGCGAGAUGGAAAGAGUCUUCAUUCUGGCCUUAGUGCUGAUUUGUGGUUGUGGUGGCCCUGUUCCAAAGAAUGCUGAGGUACCUUUGCGGAAAGCCCUGUACAAGAUUGGCAUCAAGAAGCACUUUCCAAAGCGACUUGCAGACGCCACCAGAGGAAUGAGAUCAGCAAAAGGAAUACGGGAUGUUGUGUUACUUCUGCAAGAGCUACUGAAGGCCCGCGACCAGGAAUACCUUCGUCACUGCUGUUGGAAGUACCCAGACAGAAUGACAAGGGGCAUCUACAGGGGGCUUAACUUCGAUCAAGUGAAGCCUGAUAUGUUCAUCGGGGGAUUUUGGCGGAAGAUAACGAUGGAGUUCCACUUCUACGAUGAUGAUGCUGUAAGCCAUGCCAAUGACAGCUCAGCCCAAUCCCAUGAUGACGAUGUUGUAACUCCUGCCAAUAGUAACUCAGUAAGUGCCCAUGCACAAACUGACAGAAACCAAACGUCUAACAAUGUCCUUGUGCCACAGGGUAGUGCAGACAUUUCAGAAGUUGCUGAAGAAAAUGCUUCACAGGUCAGUGAGGAAGAUGACUUGAUUCCUAGACAAGACGAAGAUGAUGUCAUUGUUGAAGAUGAAUUCGAAGAGGAAGUUGAUGAUGGCACUCUGGUUAUGGAUGAUCCAACACUUGCAGAAGGCCAGGAUCAUAGAAACAUGUAUGAGAAGAUUUUGCAACAACAAGCUGAGGAGCGCCGACAGUCGGCAGCGUGCAAAAUUCAACAGUUUUGGCGCACACAUCGCAAGGUGGGGAUGAUGGAGACUCCAACACACGGAACUGUGCACAUUGCAAUUGACCGUCAAAUGUCAGUGGAACAGGAUGACCUGCGUGAAUUCAAAGUUGACAACACGGGGUGCCGCAUCUGCGGUGUCACUUUUGAGUCUCGUCCACAUAUCCGAGAUGAUGUGGAAGAACAGGAGGAAGGUCAGGAAAGGAAUACCUUCGAGGAAGCGUGGGAUGCAGACCCUGAUGGGAUGAAAGCAGAGGAGGAGGAUGUUGACAAGCGAGAUAUCAUUACUCGCGAGAAGCAUUUGCAGGACCCAAUGCAUUCCGCGAAUCUCAGUGAGUUUGGUCACUUCAAGCAAUUCUACACUUCAGAUGUGGCUAGGGUCCGGAAGCGGUAUGACAAGUUCAUAUCUGAAGCUAACGAUGACAAGGGAAAUGAAGGAGCUGUCAUGUCUGAAGUUCAAAAGGUAAACACAGCACACAACUCACUUCAAAAGUUACUAGAGAAGAUCAAAGAUGAAUGCACUUGGAACAAACGACAAGAUGCCUACAAAGCACUUCACGCCCUCCAAGAUGCCCUUGUUGCAUUUCGGAGCGUAAAGCGUCUCAUAGAGAGACAGGCUGAUGAAGAGGAGGCGUCGGUGGCCUUUGUGGAUGAAGAAGCUGAAGAGUUUCGCAACCUUGACGAAGAUGACUUCAUCGCUGUGGGUGGGAAGAAACAGCGCGCAAAGGGCAAGGGUGGUCGUCAAAGGAAGAAGAGAAUCAAAAAGAGUCAGAAGUAAAUGCACCAAUGACAAGCACAACUGUAAGACUUUUGUUGACAAAUGAAGAACUUCAAUGUCAGCUUGGAUUUGAAGAUUAAGAAAGUUUAUCUUACCUUGAAAGAGAAGUAUCAGAAUAGCUGGCCUCCUUUCUUUGAUUUGAUAUUCAAUAGUCUGUCAUAAUUUGUGGUGAAUAUAUCUACACUAGAGCUAGUGUUAGACUAAUAUUAACAUCGUAAAAAAAUCUUUCAUCUAAAAUAGCAAGAGAUAAAAGGAAACUAUAUUUUAGAUAUACUAGUAUGUAGAUCUGUCUACUAUAGAUAUUUGUCUGACACAUUUUUUAUUAUGUUGUCCCUUCUGUCCAGAUCUCUAUUGUAUUGGCUGUAUAUCCUCCGUUCAGUGUAACACACUAAUCCAAACUUGACUUAAAUGUCCCUGUGAUUCUAGUAAUGAUGUUUUAUUUUUUAGACACCUUUUCAAACCAGGAAAUUUGGUAAAAUGUUCAGUUGUUCUGGACCAAAUGAUGUCACAGCAAGAAUAUACUUUUAAAUGCCAAUGAAUGCUACUCUAUGCAAAAUCUCAGGCCUAUUCUGAUUCCAUAAAUUUUAGAGACAUUCCAAUAUUUGAGUGUGUACUUGAGUGUGUUUGUGUGAUCCCAACAUAAAGGACUUGAAGUAGCAUACAAUUCAAUAUGUUUUGGUGCCAUAUUUGAAAUAAAUUCUCUUGAUAUAU